AUCAGCUGUUUUGUACGUUCUGCAUUCUGAUCCGAGGAUCAGCUGGAGGAAGCAAUAACAGAGGGAAAUUCUGCAGGGGAAAAAAAUCGAGCAAGAGGGAAAAAACUGCAGAUGUUAUACUCUGAACAUCAAGUGUAAAUUCAAGUUUUACACGAAGCCCCUUCUUCUACGAAGAAAGCCUUUUUUUUUAUUUUGUAUUAUGGUGUUUUAACUACCUCACUUAAAAGGCAACCUAAAGCUAUGCUUUAAGAAUUAUUGUCGUUUCUACUUUGUGUGAGAUCAUCACGUUUACAAUUUGAAAUAUAUUGCUAAUACAGAAUGAAUUAAACCAGUCACCAGUGCUGUCACAAUGGAAUCUUUAUAACCACAAGUAAUAAUUUAACAGGCCUUUGCAGCGAUACCAAGUAAAACCUUACAUUUGCACUAAGGAAGCCUGUCGAGUCCUGUAAGAAAAUCAACCUACGAGAUCAAGACAAGAAAAGGGUUGAAGCAAAGAGAGGCCAAGAAAACCGUGCUCACUUUCCUGACCUGGCAACUGUUUGACAAAGCGAAAAGCGAAAUAACUAACUAAAUAAGAGAAACAAAAAUACUUAAUAAGUAGCAAACACACACAAAGGCAGCUAGCUAUACCUUGAGAACUACAACUAUACACAGAACCUGACUUCCGCGAUCCCUGACCCUUGACUUUUUACCCAUUGACGUGUACCCGACCAACCGGCCUAGCCAUGUUCCAAGCUCUGAGCAGCCUGUUCUUCGGAGAGGUGGAGGAGGUGGCCGCAGAGAUCAAGGGGCCCAACCCCUGUGUGACCGACGCUGAUGAGGAAGGAUGGAUGCUGGUCAACCUGCCCGGGGAAGCUGAUUGUGCGAUGCUAGUAGAGGGAGGGAUAGAGGCGCCAUCGAUAGCACAGGCGCAAGCACAAAACAACCAAUCAAAUCACCCAGACACACCCACCAGAACUGAGUGCCCCGUCCCAUCUCCAACCCCUCCCCCCCAAUAUCAGAAUCGCCGCAGAACACACAAAGCUUGUUCACGAGCGGCAACAGUGGCGCCAUCAGACCCCCUCUCCACUCUCCCUUCUGCUAGCCCGUUAGCCACGGGCAUCGUUACGCCCAUAUCCCUAAAAAGGCGGGCCAGGCUCUCCACCCCAUCUGUGUCCCCUGGCAGUAGUGGGUCGGAGAGAGGCUGCAUGGACGAGAGCUGGUUCGUUACCCCUCCCCCCUGUUUCACUGCAGAGGGAGCCACGGCCGAGACCAGCCCCAUGGAGGAUCUGCUUAUAGAACACCCCAGCAUGUCCGUCUACGUCUCCCCUAGCAACCUGUCCAUGAUCUCCAACGGCAACCUGUCCAUCGUCGGGGAGGAGAGCAUCACCAGCCUGACAGGCAGCAUGAGCAGGGUGGCAGAACCAGCCGCUACCUCUGCCGUCCAUAAUACCAUGCCCACCAGGGUGACCCGAGGAGCCGCUGCCCAGGCUGGUACCCUGGCCAAGGUGACCCAGGUGGCCAGGGUUCAGAGGGGCAAGGCCCGCACUGAGAGGCGCCACCUUGGACGCAACCGCAUCCAGCGCCAGAACCGCACUAGGGAGCAGGUUCCCCGCCACGCAGCCCACGCUAGAAACACCUACCUGCACCAGCCCUGCCAGCGUAACAUCUGCCACUGAGCUCCCAGGGGGAGCCAUUUACUCUGAGGGCAUUAGUGGUUAUACUCCCCCUUACAUACAUACAGGUAGAUUUAUAUGGACACACACACAUAUAUACUCAUGUAGACAAAUAUGUAAAUACACAUGCACACAACGUACACGCAUCAUUUACACAUGCCCACACAGCACAUAGACAUUCUCUCUUUCACUAAAUCACUCUCCCACACACACACACACACACACACACACACACACACUAAUUGAUUUACGUAGGCUACUGUGCCAUGUUAGGCCCUAAACCCCAACCAAGCCCUCUAAUAACUUAAGUCUAUUGUUGUUAGCUGUCACAUAUAAACAUUUUUGAAAAACUUGCAAAAAAAUAUUACUUAGCAACUAAUAUGUGUGUAAAACUAUAAAAAGUUCCAUCUACUCUCUCCAUUUCAGUUGAAACACUCAUGUCCUCUGUCUCUUCCUAGUGGAAGUCCACCUAUUUACUGUCCUGGAAUACAUGGCCCUCUCUCCUUUGCAGCCGUCCUAAUGCUUUUAAUCAGGUUGGGGGACAGGCAGGCAAAGGAGGAGAAAUUAAAGAUGCUCACUCUUUUUCUGCGGGAACAAGCUUUUAUAGGGAAUCUUUAUUAGAUAGCACACCUGUGGACAUGUAAUCAUGUUAUCCGUUGAGUAUGUACGUAGCUAUACUUGUUAUAAAUGAAGACAGGGAAAGGCUUCCCACAGGAAAAACACCUCAUCUUGUCCUUUAUUUGCCGUGUUUGAGGUACAAAACAUUUUUUAAUAAAAAAAUCUGUUCGCAAAAAGGAAGAGUAUACCGUGUACAUUACAGUGAGAGAGGAGAAAAACCAGAAGAGGUGUUUGUCCUCUUGUCCCAAUGUGAGGGAUGGAAGCAGGUAGAGGAAAGAGAGGAAGACGAAAACAGACUAAAGAGUAAAAAGAAGUCAAAAACGACGAAUUGGAGAGUUUAGAUAGGAUGACAGAGGAACCAGAGUAGAUGUAGUUGACUGUGUAGUGUAGCUUUCUGGGCAACCAAUAGUUAAUUUUUAGAAUGCCUAACUGGCUACUUUUACAUAUUUGGCUUACCAUCUGUGACUAAGACAAGUUUGCCACUGCAGAAACAAACAGGCACUCUUAUCUCAAGUCAGGCAGACUUGCAAAGCAGGAAACUGAUUCCCUAAUUUCCUAAACGUUUUUGUUCAACAACUACAACACGAUCAGGAAAGUAAUUCAGAGAUGUCUGGUCAUAAGAAGUCUAGUAUAGCUAGCUUCAAUGACUGUGCAUAGUAAACUGUGUAUGUCCUGUGCAAAUUACUUUGUUGGGACGUACCAUAAUGAUAUAUGUAGGGAAACUAGCCAAGGGUUGCCUGUAGGUUACAAGGUAUGACAGGCUAAAGUAGGUGCAAGGCGGUAUAGAUGGCAACUCUUUAUUUUAUUUUGGUUUGUUUGUUUGUCUGCUACUGUUAUUAAAGUUAUGGAGAAGGUAGGCCUAACCAAUGCUCUCUGAAUGAUGUCUGUGACAGGAAAAGCCUGUUCCCUGCAGCCCCAUAAUGAGAGCACAUCGUUUCAUCCAAAUAGCUGACAACCUAAAAACUUGGCCUAGUUUGACAGAAUGACUGUGAAAGAUUCACACUUUGAGGAGAAUAGUCAAAAAAAAAAGAGAACAAAUCUAUAUGCAUUUGCUCAGCACACACAUUGGGCUCCAACUGAUGUUGUUGUGCUGUGAUGCUUCUGCAUUAAGACACCUCCCCCCUAACUAAAUAUUAAUCAAGUGACAACCUUACCCAUGAAAAGACAAACAGGGAAAUAGAUAACAUCGAACAAUCCCUUUUCACUUCACGUCAUUCAGUGACAACAGGGUAAUCAUGGUAGGAGACUCGGGGUGAACACACACACACACACGAUGUCCACCGGGCUGAUACUGCUCAGAGUUGCUAGUAAAGACUAGCUCAAGGACAGAGAAUUAGUUCUACACCCACUCCCUGGCCUCCUAAUAGCACAUCCAGCCGUAACAGUGUCCCCCACCUUAAGAUCUAGCUUACAGAGAUGUAUUCAACUACAAUAGUAAACUAUGGUGCUGAAGUGUAUAUGACUAUAUACUAAAGUUUGUAAAUGAUUUGAGACAUGGAUGUAAGUUUGCACUGUCAUACAUUUUGGUGAGUUUUAGCUGUGUGAUGUCUUUUAUUCUCCUUUGGGAUGUUUACUUUUUCUUUUUGUUUUGUAUCAAACCAUCAAAGGUCUGUGAGAGUGUGAGAGGAUGUGUGUUCAAAAAAAUACUUCAAAAGACAAAUAAUGAUCAAUUAUUUUUCUUGUACAUAUUAGAAUACAGGUUGUAAUGCUCCUUGCCGUUAGGUGUCAAAGCGACUCAGGAUUAGAGUCCUUAAAGUAGCUACCAUCUUGACUGAGGACAAGACUGUCCCUGCCUCUUUCCUGAAUAGGACAGUAAGGAUGCAUCUCAAUAAUCUAAAGUGGCAUCCUAUCCACUUAUCCUUUCCUUAAACUACACUGAGAUGUGACCAAUUGAGAUGUACCCUAUUGGAGCUUUUGGGUUAGAUGUGUUAACGUUCCAAUUAGACACUGCCCUCUAGGGGGAUAAAAGUGUAAUAACUUGUAACGACACAGGAUCAUUUCAUGCUGGCGUCAUCAUAACACAACCCAUAUUUCAAAGUAUAAAGAUGUAUUUGUGGGAGCAGUGGAAUUGUUCUCUAGAUACAGUGAGAGUGAGGUGAGAAAUUGUUCUUAUUGUUUAGAAUGUUCUGAACUAGAAACAUUUAUUUGUCCCUUCAAUCACAAACCACCAUUUUCCACUCAACGUAUCGCCAACUAUCUUGUAAAUUACUAUAUUUUAUUUGAAUGAUCUACUAAUAUGAUAUAAUUAUUAAUAUUAUGUAUAUUUAUUUUCUGUUGAUGUUUUAAAUGAUGACUGUAUGUAACUCUGUUUGAUCCUAUGAAUGAUGCAUUGUGUGGAUUGCAGUAACGACUCACUCACACACACAGAUACACACACAUCUGGUCUCCAUACUUCCUAAACCCCUAGGGUUUUCUGAACCUUAUACUACAGUAUCUCUGUGGUCACACUUCUUACUCACAUGAUGAAGACAUUUUACAAAGAGAGAGGGGAGGGGGCCUAUACAUGAGACCAUAGCUGUGUGUGUGUGUGUGUGUGUGUGUGUGUGUGUAACUCACCACCUCUAACAAGGCCUUGUUGGUCCUCACUGCGAGACUGUUUUUCUCUUUUUCUUGUUGUUCUUUUCCUUCUUUCCAUCACCCUCUCACCUUUACGUCCAUGUUAUCUCCAAGUUGUUGUUUUCUGAGUAUGUAGUGUGGGACUAAUGAAAGGUGUGAGUUUAGGGUGGCAACCCGCCAAUCACAGAGAGAGGGCGGGGCCACCAGGUGCACGUGUGUCUAGUGUGAUGUGAGAGUUGUGGGGGAGGGAGGGAGGAAGAAAGAGGGGAUGUGACAGAGGAUGGAGUAAGCAGAUAGAUUGAAAAAAAAUCUGAAAUGAAAUGUAUCAACAAAAAAAAAUAUGCUUGUAUUUUUCCCCGUUUAGUUAUUAUAACAGUUGUUCACCUGGUAUGUUAACGUUUUAAAAGAAAGGGGGUUGAUUGUGUGUGGAUUAUUUUUGUUCUGCUUUGCGCCCUAAAAUGAUGGCAGCUUUAAGAUACUUUGGGGUUCACCCACGUACCAUCUCGGAUGGGUACACCCCUCCCCCGUCAAAACAACUAUUUAUAGACAUAUAAAAAAGAUUGGUGUAUCUGAUAUCUAUGGUGAUCGUGCCUUUCACUAUUUCUGCAUGGUUUUUGUGAUGUACUGAAUUGUUCCAUCCCUGAGUGGACAGUCAAGUCCAUAGACAGUCAAGUCCAUAGACAGUGAAGACCUAUGCAACCACCAACGGAUGGGUUAAUAUAACAUCCAUUCAGAAAAACGCAGGUACCACACAACAACAACAACAACAACAACAACAAUAAACACUCAGGUUGACAACC